GCGGGGCUUUGUUACCUGGCACCAGCGUGGGUGUUGACACCAACACCGCCACCAUCACGCCCGGCCGCCUUUGUCUCUCUCUCUGUAGCUGCUGCACCUUCUCAUACACAACGACAACCACGCCCGACCGCCUUUGUCUCUCUCUCUGACACUCUCCAUAGCAGCGCUCACAGUUUACAAUACGGCUCACAACAGCACACAGGAAAUAUUUUUUUUAAAGAAAUUUAAGGCCUAGUCGACUUAGGGGUGAGACGGCUCCCACCGCCCCCCCCACCCACCCAGCUGAUGCUGGUCGUGGUGCGGGAAAUCGAACCUGGGUUGGUUGGUGCAGCCCGCUCGCUGGCAUCGGGUGCCAGGCUAGGUGCACGCGGUGAGCGAUGUGCGAGGGACCGUCCACGAUUUCUGGGCCCAUCCCGCCCGAUCUGAGUCUCUACCCGCAGAGCUACCAGCAGCAGCAGCAGCACGGGAGGCCGCAGUCUGCUCGGAGCCCCAUCCUAGCCCUGCCCCCCUGGGCGCCCACUUCCGCCCGUAGCCCCGCCCCUGGACCCCCUCCCCCCCGCGCGCUGGGGGAGGGGCUGGAGAUCCUCCUGAGGGGGAGGGGCAGCGUGGGGGCGCUCAUCCAUGCUGAGGGGCCCCGCGAGGGGGAGGGGCCUUGGGGCGGGGGCCCCAAACGACAAGGACACAAGCCGCGAAACCACGUCCUUGAAAACUUGCGACGCAUCAGAAAGAUCCAGCAGCAGCAUCAGCAGCAGCAUCAGCAGCAGCAGCAGCCUCCUGCUCAUCAGCAGCGUGAAGCCACCGCUCUCUGGAAGUCGAGGAAAUACGACAACGUCCCCAGCAAAGUGACCGCCAAGCUGCAGGAACCACCUCCUCCUCCCCGUGCUCAAAGCGCUGGGUUUCUCCGGGCUCACUCCAGAGGAAGAGGGGAGAGUGGGGGAGAGACUCCUAGACAGGCGAGGCAGAGUGUGGACUUUGUGAAGCGGAACACCAGGGACGCGUGGCAACGUGGAGAGAGAGACCAUGGCCUAAGCAGAUCCAACUCCCAGCCCAAUCUCAGCCUGGCACCUCAACCCAAGGGGAUGCUGCCCGCCUAG